AUGCCCUCGUCGAAGGACAAAUACACGGAUCCCAAGUUGCGGGAUGAGGUGAAGGAAGAAGUGCAGCAAUCUGACAAGGGCGGGGCGCCUGGGCAAUGGUCUGCUCGCAAGGCUCAAUUCAUGGCCAAGGAGUACAAGAGCAGAGGAGGUGGCUACAAGACCGACAAAAAGGACCAGGACGAGUCGCAGAAGCAUCUGAGCAAGUGGACGGAAGAGGAGUGGCAGACCAAAGACGGUAGUGGGGAUGCUAAGCAGGACGAUGGCACCCGGAAGCGAUAUCUGCCCAAGAAAGCCUGGGAAGAAAUGAGCGAGAAAGAGAAGGACGAAACCGAGGAGGUGAAACAACAAGGCAGUAAGGCUGGCAAGCAGUAUGUGCCGAACACCUCUCGUGCAAGGUCUGCCAGGAAGAAAGCGAACGACGACGAGGAUGAAGCAUUCGAGAAGAAGAAAGAGCAGGAGAAGAACGAGGGAACCGGCAAACAGACACGGAGUAAAUCACGAAAAGCAGCUGCGGAAGAGCAGCCCAACGGCAAGCAAGAUUCCCCGCCCAAAAAGGCAGGUCAGAAACGUGUUCGCGGUACAGAGACGAAGGCGGAUGCAGAAGAGAAGCCACCCAACAAGAAACAGAAAGACAAUACGGAGUCUGUGAAAGGCAAGAACAAGGGUACAGGCGGCUCGAAGCCCAACACCUCACGUCCGCCGGCCAAACAGACCUCGAAGGCGAGCAUGCGGGACAAGAACCGAAAGGUGCAUUAG